AUGGUUCAGGGCAGCCCGGGCUCAAUCCUGGUCCAACAAGACGAGGAUUGUUUCUCUAAGGUUUCUCUCGCAUCCCAAAGUCCUGCGCGCUGUCAAAUCCCGGCUGGCGUCAAACUGGUGCGCUCCUCCAAACGGCCACAUCAGCUCUACCUGAUCACACCUGGACUCCGGUUCCUCCACAGUGACAGCUCAGCAGCCAUGUCACCGGGCGCUAGGGGUCGCUGCCUGCGCUGCUCAGAGGAGGAGAGCCAACAUGGCGGCUUCAGUGGCGCUGCUGUUCUUCUGUUUCACUCCGCUGGUUUUGCUGCGCUUCAGCUGCUGUCUGAGACAUGUUACAAAGACAGCAGACCGCAGUCUGUGAGAACUCAGGCCCGACCACAUGAGUACAUGAAGGUGUCAGAUCUUCCUUUAUCCUGGGACUGGAGGAACAUCGAUGGAAAGAAUUAUGUGAGCGUCACACGGAACCAACACAUCCCACAGUACUGUGGGUCCUGCUGGGCCAUGGGAGCCACCAGUGCGCUCGCUGACCGUAUCAACAUAAAGCGUAGAGGCGCAUGGCCAUCAGCCUACCUGUCAGUCCAGAAUGUCAUCGACUGUGGGAGGGCAGGCUUUUGUUUUGGAGGAGAUCACCUGAAAGUCUAUGCCUACGCACACGAGAGAGGCAUUCCUGAUGAAACCUGCAACAACUACCAAGCUAAAAACCAAAAGUGCGAGCUGUUUAACCAGUGUGGCACCUGCUCCUUCUUUCAUUCGUGUGUGGUUGUUAAAAACUACACAGUGUGGAAAGUGGGUGACUACGGAGAAGUUUCUGGAAGAGACCAGAUGAAAGCUGAAAUUUACACCAGUGGGCCCAUCAGCUGUGCCCUGAUGGCCACAGCAGGCCUGGAGCAGUACUCAGGAGGAAUCUUCUCGGAGUUUCACCCCAUCUCUCUGCCCAAUCACAUUGUGUCUGUGGCUGGUUGGGGUGUCACCCAGGAUGGGACUGAAUACUGGAUUGUCAGGAACUCCUGGGGAGAGUUUUGGGGAGAACAUGGAUGGGCACGAAUAGUCACCAGUUCCUAUAAAGAAGGAAAAGGCACUUGGUUUAAUCUGGGUAUUGAGAAAAACUGUGCAUAUGGGGAUCCUAUUGUAAAUGCCUAAUUAAAAGAGUUUGAA